AUGUCUUUCGCAGUAUUCGGGCUAUACUGCUGGUUCCUCAAUAGUUGGGACGGAUAUCGGGUGUGCUACUGGAACGAGAGAGUGCCGCAUGUUUUCUCCAGCUUUUACGUCAAUAAUCUUGGGUCUGCGGCAUCUUCUAUCAUUACAGUUUUGAAAAUUCUUUCAUUCAUCCCAAUCACCGCCGCAAUGGGCCAACUUAAGUGGCACUACUUUCUACGCCGGUAUUCGCGACCAGUAGCCGAGUUGGAAACAUUUGACGCAGCAUCCCGUGGCGUAUCUGGGUCAAUAAAGCUUCUCGUAUCUGGCAGAAGAUUCCACUCCAUCCAUAUAACGUUGGGUUGCUUGCUCACUCUAGACACUCUAUAUCUCGGAUCCUCGACUCAAAAUACCAUCACGUCUCCCUCUAGGGUAUAUUGGCCACUGAAACACAGAAUCAACGAAACAACGGUAGCGUUACUACCAGUAACUGAGAUGUUCAAUGUCACAGCCCGACGUGAUAUUAUUGGUGUCGACACUCAGAACUACAGCGAGGAUCCGGGAAUGCAGGCAGCUCUAUUCACUGCUUGGUCAUUCUACGAAAAUCCACUGUUCGCGAACCAAGAAAUCGAUCAGGUUUCAGCCAACUGCUCGUCUACCUAUUGCCGAUGGCAUAAUACAACUACGCUCAGCAUGGCUGUGAAAUGCUGUAGCGCCGCAACGACCUUCGGCAGAGAUGGACAUGGAUACUCGAAAGAGGCAGACAUAGCUUCAAGCAUCGACGUCAUUACCAACGGAUUAUCUACUCGUCGACAAGCCAUAAUUAACCUCAGGGCAAGCCCUAAAAUACCGGAAAACAGCGGCUUCAACAGGACCGACAGACAAAGGGCCGUGAUAAUUCAUCUCGCGGCAAUCGCUGAACAUGAUGAGCAGAGUUUUGAUGCAGCGGAGUGUCUCAUUUUCUGGACAGCCGCGCACGUAUCCGAGACCGUCUAUCACAAUAACUCAGGCUCGACACUGACGCAGACUGUUGCAUCCAUCCAAAGCAUUCCCGAGAACCGGACCUCUACAGAAGAUGAAAGCAUCGUGUUUAAGGCUCCCUGUAGUGGCAAAAGAAACACCGAAACAUGUAGUUUCAAGAUCACCAACGAUGCAAAUCUGACCGUUAGAAAGCUUCUGACGGACUUCAUGACCGGGUAUGUGUACCGAGAUCCGAAUCAGAACGGUACACUCUUUAUACCCAGCAGCACAGUCAUGGACUUGUUUGCCUGGUCAUGGAGAACCACUCUUGUGAAAGUCUCGAUGUUUCCAAACCCCUUGACCACAACCUUGGAGGUUUAUAUGUUGAAUACGAUCUAUAGUCUCUCCGGAUACAUCCGCACCAAGCAAGCGACGCAGCUGGAAGGACAGAAUGGGUCAUUUGAGCCAAUAUUUCACAUUGAGUGGAAGUACACCAUUUAUCCAGGGGCUAUGUUGAUACUGACACUCUAUCUAUUUGCCUUCACAGUAUGGGCUACCCGCAGCAUGCCGGUAUGGAAGUCAUCCCUUCUUCUAUACUUGUUUCACGGUUUUGAUCGCCUAGUUUUGGACUCGAGAUAUGAUCUUUCAAGCUUGCCGUGGAUGGAGGAAUUUAGCAAAGAGAAAAAAGUAGUCUUGCGGGACGCUGACGAUGGUCUUGGCCUUAAGCUAAGAGAUAUGGAUAGAGGUACUUCUGAUGAAGGUUUCUAG